AUUGUGUUUUAUUUCACCUGCUCUUUUUCUUAAUGUUUACAACUGAAAUUAUUUAUGAGAUGAUAGAAACUCUUAUCACAUUUGUAUCUCUGGAAUUUGUGCAACGGGCUGAUAAAUUUUUUUAAGGCCAAUCUGUUUGCAGUCAAUGCACUCUUCAAGAUUUUUCUAACUUUAUUUCAAUGAUGUCAUUCAUAGCGUACUUGAAAUUUGUUUGGAUUCAAACCGCAUGAGAUUGUGCAUCUGAAGAACACAACACAGAUUUGUUUUUUAUUCAGUUUUUUUCACCUUAAAGAGGAAUUUAUGCAUUCAUUGGAGGAUAUCAACUAUAGCAUUCAUCAUUGUAAUGUUAAUUAAGGUUAUGGGUGCUGCAGGAAACUGUGAAAAAUUGAAGGAACUGUCUUGAGAAGCGAACAAUGGAACAAACAAGGAUCUCCGUUAUAUUUUUUAUUAUGAAUUAUUCGAUAAUAACCAAGUGCUUUUUUUUCAACGAAAAGGAACUUGGAGAAAUAUCUCCUAUAAACCCCUUGGCAUUAGUGAAUGAGAUUUUGGAGUUAAAUUGCACAGUUUAUGAAGAUUCCGGAUUGAACAAUUCAAUGAUAUUCUGGGAGGAUUACAAUGAAAUAAGAGUGUCGGAGAAUUCAACGAUUUCUGUUGAAGAACGUACUUUGUUAUUUAAGAAAAACAUCACAAGUGUCGAGGAGGAAGGGACGUAUGCCUGUAGGAGUAUCGAUGGUCGUGAUAUUUCUCAUUCUUCUCUUGUAGUUGAAUAUGAGGCGGUGCGUAAUGUAACAAACUUUACCUGUGUUCUAUAUAAAAGUCAAGAUGAGUUCACGUGUACCUGGAAACUUGGACUGUAUCAUCAUCCUGCCUAUCUUAAAGUUAGUGCGAGCGUGUCCAUGGACAAUAAAGGACUUGUUUCAUGUCCUCAAAAUGAAAGAGAAGAAUGCACAUGGACAUCAGCUUCUGGUGCAAUCAACUCUGUUCUGAAGAUUGUAAUUCUUAUAGUAACAAACCAGAGGUAUGGCGUCAGUGAAACAUUUCGCAGGGUUUACACUACUCGGGAUAUAACAAAAUAUGACCCUCCAAAAUCAAUACAAGUUAUGAACCAGAAUUCAACAGAUUGUACAUGUGCUUAUGUUUCUUGGGAAGGCAUAUCUGGUGGCGUGGAUACCUCCUCUCGAGUUACCCUGCAUUCGAAAUGGGAGACCAGUUAUAUUUCUGUUGAAGUGGUCGGGAACACACGUGUUACUGUAUGUGACUUAGUACCAGCUUCUGUGUAUGUAGUUCAGGUGCAAGUGAAGUCCACCGGAGGGAAAUACUACAGCGACGUAAACAAAACUUCAUUUGACACAUGUUCAAUAGCUCCAUCUAAGGCGCCUUCUGUAAACGUCAGUGGAUAUUCAUCUGCUAAAUGUCCCGAUUCGACAUCUCAUCGAAAAGUCACAGUUUAUUGGAAGAAAAUUCCAAAACGAUUUCAAAAUGGUCGUUUGAAAAACUAUACCAUUUUCAAUGGAGAUGUAAAUGUUCAAGUGAGCCCAGACAGUUCCUUUGGAGAGGUAGAGAUUCCAUGUAAGGGCAGCAGUAAUGUUACCGUUAAGGGGUGUAAUGAUGAGGGUUGUUCACCAGAGUCAAGUAUAACGAUACCACAUAUAAAAGAGGUUAUUUUGCCUACAAGAGUGAUUGUGGAACAUUUUAAUGAAUCAACGGUAAAGGUUUCUUGGUUUCAUACAGACGGACAGGCAGCAGUUGAUAUAAUUUGGUGUAACGGAAGAUCAGGAACACUGCAAUGCUUGGAUGAAAUAGAAUUACAGAGAAUGAUAGGAAGUGAUUCUCACACCUUUCUAUCAGCUAGUGACGUUAAUAGCAAAAUUGACGAAGUCUAUUUUGGUGUAGCUAUCAUAAAUGACAGACAAUUAAGUGGCGGUAUAAAAUGGCAGGAAGCAUGCAGAUACCAGAUGAGAAGAGAACCAAUGAAGAUACUCGGCGUCAAGCUUCUCCCAGACGCUCCAGAAAACAGCUUGGUUAUAUCAUGGUCCCCUGUACUGUGUGAUGCCUCAGAUAUAAACAAUGUUUACGUUCACUCCUAUGAAAUCAUUUUCUGUCGACUGGAUUCUAAGAAUCAAUGCAUUGGUGAGGAAAGUUCUGUAGAAGUUCCAGCGACUGACAACACACAAUACACUCUUCGAAAUCUUCAUUCUGAGGUUUAUUAUGGUGUGUGGGUAAGAGCUAGGUCAUUGAGAGAGAAUGGCCCUAGGAGUGACAUGGUUUCAGGAAUCCCCAUAAAUAACGAUUUAUCUACAAGUGCUAUAACAGGAAUAGUUGUUGCCGGAAUCUUUGUUUUUAUUCUGGUCAUGGCAGGAGGAGUUUUUAUUUUUAGAAAUGUAAGACGUAAACUUGGCUUAGACGAGACUUUCCCAAUUCACUUACCUACUCUAGAAUUUAAGACUGGGGAAACAAACCUCAGCACUCACGACAAUGGAAUCAAGUCUCCUUUCUGUAUUUCUAGUGAUUCAAAGGAAUUAAGUGGAUUAUCACAAUCAGGAGAGAGGGUGAAUGUCCUUUUUACCACCCAGGAAACGUUGAUCAAAUUUCUGAAAGGAAAUCCAACCAAUAAACCCAUUAAUACUAAUUAUGACACACCUUUAGCCCCGACUGAUGAUGUUCCCAAUAAAAUAAGCGGACGUAAAGGGGGUGAUGAGGAAAGUGUGUCCGCUAGGUUAGCCAAAAGUACACCUGCAUCCCCGAUACUAAGGCUCGGGGAAAAGCAAGACACAUCGAAAGCAGAGGCAAAAGAAGUGCUUCCUCCUGAUUAUGCCAAAGCGACUAUUAUUGCACUAACUUGUCUCAAUGAUAUAGAAAGCUCGCCAUUAAAGGAAGAAAUUGGUACAUAUAUUUCGCCAUUAAACUCUAACGGUAAUACACCAGAACCAACUUUCUCCGGGGAUUACAAUGAAAAACAAAAUGACGUAAAUGCUCAAAUAUGGAAGAAAGAUUAUACAGAGGAAAAGUCAACUACGUCUCCACAAUAUUAUAGAGAUAACCAGUCUUUCAAUAACGAUGGAAGCUAUGUAACUAACGAUUCAAGAUACUGGAAUACUGGUAACGAGAGCGAACAAUGUCAAAAAGACCUGUUUACCACUACUGUGAGGCAGUCCAUGGAUUCUUCAAUGAGCGAAGAGAUGUCUGAAAACAUUAUGGAUGACAUUAAAAGCACUAUUCUAAAAACUACUAAUAUAAACGCUAAUGUGUCAACUUUAGACACAGAAACAUCUACCAGUAACCAAAUGGACUACGUGAGCAGUGAUUUUUGCCCUCCGGAUGAUGUUCAUAAUGAUUCAAAAUGUACCUCGGAUCUCCGUUUAACACCACAUACUGAUGGUGAUUCGUAUGACUCUAACAAUAAAUUAGCGAAUGAAUUUAAACAAAGUGUAGAAAUGUGGGGUGAUUAUGUUCCAAAUGACAUCAAGGCAGCUUUAGAUUCCAAUCCAGGAGACACAAUGAAUCAAACUGUCUGACCAUCUCCCAAACGAUCCAGCAGGCGAGAGCGCCAAGGCGGAAAACGGAAAACCAUAUUGGUUAUAUUCUUUAUUUUGGAGCGAUGGAAGGAAAUCUCUAGUCAGAUUUAUUUAUACGAUUUUUUUUAUUUUCCCUGCUUAUUAUUUUUCGAUCUUUUUAAUUUAUUUUGGUUAGUUGCUAGUCAGAGCCAGGCAUUUUUCACUUCAGAGAUUGUAAUCUUGAACAAUUCGUUGGGAACUGCAACUGUAGCCAAUGAAAGUACAUGUAUAAAAAUAAAAGUAAAGGUAUGCUUUUAACUUAAUAUGGUAUAUCAUAAGCACAUUUGUAUUUUAAAUUUUAUUUCAGAUGUUUAUAUAAUUAUUUUAUGUUAAAUAUUAUUGAACAAUAAGGUUUAUUCACUUGUGUCUAUAUUAAUUGCUUGCAGAAAUU